AUGUCCUUUGGUACCUGCUGCAGAGAGCUGGAACGUAGAGCUUUAUCUGAAGAAGAUGACAAAAACCAUGGAAAUGUUGCUAUUCACAAAGAGGCAGCAAGAAUCCUCACAGUUAAAGUCUUAUGUUGGGUGUUCAGUCUCAGAACUGAAGUAGCUGAGGUUUCUUGGAAAGGCAAAUCAACAAACUGGGAAGAUGGUGGCUGGGGAGCCUGGGAUGAAGCAGAAUUACAAGAACCUGAAGAAGAGGAGUCUACAUCCAAGAACCAGAGAAAUUACUGGCUUCAGGACUGUGUGUUGUCCUUGUCACCAACAAAUGACUUGAUGGUAAUAGCUAAUGAGCAGAAAGCAGUCUUUUUAGUGCCUAAAUGGAAGCACGGUGACAAGGGAAAAGAGGAGAUGCAAUAUGCUGUUGGCUGGAGUGGCUCUCUGAAUGUUGAAGAAGGUGAAUGUGUGAGUAGUGUAUUGUGUAUCCCAUUGGCAAGUCAGAAGAGGAGUUCCACAGGCCGUCCUGACUGGACCUGCAUUGUCGUUGGCUUCACCUCUGGCUAUGUUCGUUUUUACACCGAGAGUGGAGUACUGCUUCUUGCACAGCUUUUAAAUGAAGAUCCUGUCCUACAGCUUAAGUGCAGAACCUAUGAAAUUCCCAGGCAUCCUGGUGUCACAGAACAGAAUGAAGAACUAAGUAUCUUGUACCCAGCAGCAAUUGUGACAAUCGAUGGUUUCAGCCUCUUUCAGUCCCUUCGUGCAUGUCGCAAUCAGGUAGCAAGAGCUGCAGCAUCUGGCAAUGAGAAUGUUCAGCCUCCACCAUUAGCUUAUAAGAAAUGGGGUUUGCAAGAUGUGGACACGAUUGUUGACCAUGCUAGUAUUGGCAUCAUGACACUGUCUCCUUUUGAUCAAAUGAAGACUGCAUCCAAUAUAGGUGGAUAUAAUGCAGCUAUAAAAAACAGCCCACCUGCUAUGUCUCAGUAUGUUACUGUUGGAUCCAAUCCUUUCACUGGUUUCUUUUUUGCCCUGGAGGGUAGCUCACAGCCACUGUUGUCUCAUGUUGCCUUAGCAGUUGCAAGUAAACUGACUUCAGCAUUAUUUAAUGCUGCCAGUGGCUGGCUUGGUUGGAAAAGUAAACAUGAAGAAGAACCUGCCCAAAAACAGAAACCAAAAGUUGAACCUGCAACCCCGUUGGCAGUGAGGUUUGGACUUCCAGAUUCUCGUCGCCAUGGUGAAAGGAUAUGUCUUUCUCCAUGUAACACUUUGGCAGCAGUAACAGAUGAUUUUGGAAGGGUUAUUUUACUGGAUGUUACAAGAGGACUUGCAGUUCGCAUGUGGAAAGGAUACCGUGAUGCAGAAGUUGGUUGGAUACAGACUGUAGAGGACCUUCAUGAAAGGGAAACUGAGAAGAUGGAUUUUUCUCCUUUUGGAAAUGCACAUGGUCCAAGCAGAGUGGCUCAGUUCCUUGUGAUUUAUGCUCCGAGGAGAGGCAUUCUGGAAGUAUGGAGCACGCAGCAAGGGCCUCGGGUUGGCGCCUUCAAUGUGGGGAAAUAUUGUAGAUUGUUGUAUCCUGGUUAUAAAAUAAUGGGUCUAAACAAUGUGACCAGUCAGGGAUGGCAGCCCCAGACUUACCAGAUAUGCCUUGUUGAUCCAGUCUCUGGAAGUGUAAAAACUGUCCAUGUACCUUUCCAUUUAGCACUGAG